UAUGUAACGCAAAUGAUUGGCAUAGAAUAUCUGAUUGUUUUUAAUUAUUCAUAUUUUAUCCACGAUUUUAGAUUGUUGUUGUUGAAAUAAAUAUCUCAUUAACCGAUUCAUCAAUGUCGUUUUUGUGCAAAAGUGUGACUUCACAGGGCCGACUUUUACAAAUACAUUUCAACUCAAACUUCAAGCAUCAUCGAUACAUGGAAACAUGACGCAUUCAAUGUGCCAGAGGAAUGCGCAGUGGUGCGAAAUAUGAAAAUACGAACUUACCUCCCUUGUGGAAAAUAAGAGUUAAAUGACAAUGAAGCUUCUUAUAUUAGUCGUUUCCCUCUGUAUCACAACAGCUAGAUCUCAAAAUGGCAACAAUGUCAAUGUUGGAAUGGGUAGUGUCCCUUUUGACAAUCAGUAUCGCGCUGUUGAUCCUUUUUUAAAUAGAGGUGUUGAAAGAGCAGGUGCUUUUGGUGCUUCCAGUCCUAUGAAUAGUAUGGCUGCUGAUGGACCAGCUCCUGACACAGUAAGUGUUUCAGAUCCGAUGUUUGGAGAUCAAGCCUAUACACCAAAGGCAAAUAGUCCGAACCCGUUAGAUCCAGUAGAUCCAGAUCAGCCCGUAGAGGAUUAUAUAAAAGCAGAAGAGAGGGGAAACCUAAUGAGCAACAUGGCUGGAGGACCGGCUAGAAUGGUUUCACCUGGUGCCUUCCGGCAGGUUGGUAAUAUGGGCAAUAUGGCUGGUGGAGGAGGCAUGGGUGGAUUAUCAGGAUCAGCUAAUAUGGUUGCAUCUAAUGCACCCCGAGUUGGAAGACUGGGUAACAUGGCUGGUAGAGGAGCCAAUGGGAGGGUUGAACCCCAGCGCAGAUCUAGUAAUCGUCGUCAAAGCAGAAAUAAUAGGUCAAGAAAUAUAAUAUAUAAUGGAUAUAAUGGCGGGACACGUCGCGAGAAAAUUAGAAAGCCAUAUGGCAAAAGAAUAAAGUAUGGAAAAAAGCAACGUAAGGGUGGCUACUGACACAGUGAACAUGUUGAUUCAUCAUUGGAAACAGACAAUAGCUCAAAAACUUUUGUUUUAUUCUUAAAGUUUGAUAUUUUUAUUUAUUCAACUGAUAGAUGCAGCAAUACCGCUUUCCGGUACAUAGUUGUAAUCGGUUAAUUGUUUAAAUGUAAAAGAAAAUGCUUCUUUUUUCAUGUUUUUAUCACACUUUUAAGAAAUAAAACUUACAAAUCAACAAAAAAAACAAACAAACAGAACAUGCAAGUCCUGCAAAUAUAACAUUUAUGAAACUCAAUCUCUCAAGGAUAGAAUAUUUAAAAAAAUAUAUGUCCGUAUACUCCAGUUGACAUAGAAAAAAAGAUGAAAGAAAUACUGAAUUAAAAAUUGAAAUAUUCAUGGAAUCUUUUCAACAAUGGAAAGAAAAAAUAUCAAGCAUAUAUAUCUAUAGAUUUUUUUAUUUCUUGAAAGAUCUAUAAUCUGACUCAGAUUUAGCAAGUAUUGAUCUAGAACAUCGUGGGAACAUAGAAGUAUCAACAGAAUGUAGGAUUGUAAUUGUGCAUAGCUGUAUAGCAAUAGUAUGAAGUUAAUAUAUGUUUAAAUUUAUUGAUAACAAAAUCAAUGUUUGUUA